CGGACACGUGCGGACAGCCACUUCCGCAUCACGUGACUAGGGGUGGGAAAACCGCGGGAAAAUUCGUCCUCAGUAAAUACAGUGCAGUGGGUGUCGACAACGUGUAACCCUUACGAAAACGUUGUGAGACCAUAUUCAAGUCUAUUUAAUUACGUUGCUAAAAAAAUAAUAAAUUAUAUCGAGUGAUAAGAUUUGCGGCUGUGUGGGGUAGCGCGAGUUGUACUGGAGACUUGAGCGCGCGGUUUGACCGGUGGCGGACGCGGGUGAUACCAGUGAUAAGAGUGAUAUGGAGCACAGGUGAUGGCGUCACCCCCUCAGACAGCCCAGGGCAGGUGGUGGGGACCAUCCAGCGUGGCCGCGCCCUCACCUUCGUCAGACGUGAUGAACCAGCUGUGCCGAGUGUGCGGCGAGCCGGCGGCGGGCUUCCACUUCGGGGCGUUCACUUGCGAGGGAUGUAAGUCUUUCUUCGGGAGGACCUACAAUAACCUGGGAUCCAUCUCCGAGUGCAAGAACAACGGGAAAUGCGUCAUCACCAAGAAGAACCGAACGUCGUGCAAGGCGUGUCGACUGAGGAAAUGUCUAGUGGUGGGAAUGUCCAAGAGCGGCUCACGCUACGGACGGAGAUCCAACUGGUUCAAGAUCCACUGUCUUCUUCAAGAGCAACAGCAGAGUCAGAUGCCGAUGCUUCCACCCAAGGAGAAGAUGUGGGAUGGACUUCCGUUCCAGGGGAAGCAGGUGGACGCUGACAACAACAAUUUGACGAAGGACAAGCAGGAGAGACCUUUGUCACCAAUGAUGCUUCCUCCUGGUUACGGGUCACCUGAGGCUGCUGCCGCGUUCUGGGCUGCAAGGAGUUCACUGCUUCCGGUGCACCCUCAUCACUCUGGUCUUCCUUUCUUCCCACCGUCAUUUCUUCAGCCACCCUACCAUCAACCUCCUCCACCCAAUUUCUCUUUAUUACCUUUCUUGCCUCUGAGGCAUUCUCUUCCGAACGCCCCCACCGUUCUUUCCGAGUCUUCAAAUUCCUCUUCUCCAUCACCGUCACCCUCGUUGACUGACGAACAGUCUAAACCUCCUAGAGAAAUCUCUCCGGCUGAAUCAACCCAUAAAUCUUUAGAAGUGUUGCGGUCUUUGGGUCCCGUGCAGGAGUCACCGAUGGAUCUGUCGUGUAGGAACCAAAAGGGACCUUGUGAAAAGGUCGAAGUUGAAAUACAAGACCAAAACAGUAACAUUAUAGGAGUUAGUGAAGAAAGUAGUUCGAAAGAAAGCGAGGAAGGUCUUAAAAAGACUCCUUUGGACUUGACGUUUUCAAAGUCUUGAUGAACUUGAAUAUUAGUGUUACCAGAGACUGAUUUAGACGUAUAGUUCAACUAGUUUUGGAUUUAAUUCAAACGCGUUUCUCUAGGUAUAAAACGAUAUUUGACUCGGAUAAUGCCAUCCUACAGUUUUUUAAUAGAUUAAUUAUAUUGUAUAUAUUUGAGAAUGUAAUAUAUGACUAUAAAUAUAUUUAUUUGUUCGUCUGAUAAUGAAUCAGUUUGACGUGUGAUAUGGGAUUUCA